AUGAUCAGAAGUGAAGAGUAUUUUAUCGAAGUAUGCGGCGCACCACACCCCGAGUUGAAUCUCGGAAAAACAGCUCCUCUCGACUACAUAAUGAAUGAUUUGGGCAACGACGGAUACCUGGUCGUUCAAAUGAUCUAUGACAUAGAUCGUUAUUCUUGUUAUCGUUUCACGGAACACAUAUGGCAGUAUGUGAUUGUAAACAACAGUAAGGAGACUCCAGUCAACCAAUCUGAAAAAAAAGAGCUUCGUCCUUCUGUUUCUGAUACAGAUAUGGACGGUGCAGGAGACCGAUAUCGUGGUGGAAAAGAUCAUCCAAAGAAGAAGAAUUCUACAUCAAAAUCAGAUGUCUUGGAGCCGAGAGAUUCUAAUUCAUGCACAAAGGUUUCUUUGAGUAGAGAAUCACAACCUUCCGUAUUGGUCGCUGAUUCCGAUGAAGAGCCGUUAAUAGAUCCAUCUCUAUUCAAUGUCUUGUCCUCAUAG